CUUCUCUUCCCCUUUUCUUUCUCCUUCUCCACAAUCCACAAAUUCCCCCAAAAUUAGUUUCUUCAUCCAGAUAUUUCUUCCUCAUCUCGUUUCGUCUUGAUUUACACUGCAUUUCCGUCGUCAAUUCCGAUAUGGAUCUACUUUUUGCUCGUAUUUCACUUCUGUUCCGUUAAAUGAACCUCUUUUUUCUGGAUUCACAUUGAAUUCCUGUUUCCUGAGCUUCCUUGUUUAUUUAUUUUCCAUAUUAAGAAGUGUGUUGAGUUGUUGUGUAACUGAAAGUUCAAUACUGCCGUUUUGUUCCAAAAGAGGAAAUGGGAUAAUUUUGGUCCCUUAAAAUUCGAAUUUAAUAGGAUUUGGAUUUUUUGCUUUUUUUCGGUGAAAAUUGAGGUUUAGAAAUCAGUUCCAGCUAAGUCGAAACGAGAUUUGGAUAAACUAAUGGCUUCGUCAGUUCAGGGAAAGCAUGAAAGUGCUACAGGUGCGACUGAGGAGAGUAUGCAGUCGAAUGAGCAGUUCUCUAGUGCGGAUGAGUACGCUUUUAAGUUGGUUCUGGUGUCUUGUGUUUUAUAUUUGUUGGGACAGGUGAGAAAGCCAUAUACCAUUACUAAACAAAGGGAAAGAUGGACUGAGGAAGAGCAUGAGAGGUUCCUCGAGGCCUUGAAACUUCAUGGUCGUGCGUGGAGGAAAAUUGAAGAGCACAUGGGUACGAAAACAGCAGUGCAAAUUCGAAGCCACGCUCAGAAGUUUUUCUCCAAGGUUGCUCGUGAGAGUAAUAAUGGAGAUAGCAGCAAUGCAAAACUGAUCGAAAUUCCUCCUCCUAGGCCAAAAAGGAAGCCGGUUCACCCUUAUCCUCGGAAGCCAGGUUCUGUGGUUAAAAAUAAGGCGUCAAUAUCUGAGAAGUUAAUGAGAUCGGCAUCUCAAGAUGUGUUGGAACAAGCGACAGAGUCUCCUACUUCUGUGUUAUCUGAAAACCAUUCAGAUACAUCUGCCAGAGCUGAUACAUGUACUCCCGAAGGUAGCUGGUCACAGUUAUCAUCCACUCUUGCUCUUGAUGCCAGUGCUUCUUGUGCUGCUGAAGCACCUACGAGAACCGAACUAGUGAAUGAAAAUGGAAAAUAUAAUCCCGAUGAAGAAGUUUCUCCGUAUCAGGAGCUUUCAUCUCACAACGACAAGGAAGAUCAAUCUGCUGUGCAACAACUGAAGCUCUUUGGUAAGACCUUACUGGUGCAGGGUUCUCUUGGAACAUCUUUUUCGCCGUGCAAGGCUGAGAGUGUAGAUAAAAGUGAGGGUGGGUAUGCUUCAUUCCCUUUGAAAGUGAUACCUCUGAAGAUAACUGCUGAGCAUGUGAGCCCUGUAGACGCGGUUCCUUUUCCAUGGCUGAUGCUUUCAUCAUGUUCGACUCAGCAAGGGCUCGACAAGAAAGGCAAUCUCGACAGCAAUGAAGAGAAGGAAGUGUCUUCCAGUGGUUCAACAACUGAUUCAGACAGAGAAAAGAGCUCGGAUACUGACAGCCGACGUCCCUUGCUUGAAAUGAGAGGGAAUGCAAACGCACUCGCCUCUAGAUUAAAUAAGAGGGCCUAUGCAGAUUCUGAAGAUUGUAGAAAAGGUUUCGUGCCAUACAAGAGACAUACACGAGCAGAGAAACAGCGGAGCUGCAUCUGCUUGAAGCUUAAUAUAUAUACAUAGUUGAUUACCAUUUUUUUAGCUGUGCCUGUGAAUGGAAGGCUGGAUACUUACUAUCUUAGACAAUCUUUGAUUUUUGGGUUGUAAUAUUUGCAAUCUUUCACGUUUUUUGUGAUUGUAACUUUUGAGGCACAACUGUGUAUCCAUCCUAAUGGGAACUUUUUUCUUGUAAUUGAGAACCAACUUUUCAAGUAUGUUGAUUUUUGCCCUUC